CUCGAAAGUUCUGGCGCGCGCUUUCAAGAAAAACAAAUCGACAGGUGCUUAGCCUUAAUUGUUGUGCAAGAUUUCAAAAUUGAGUAGACAACAUGCUUGGACAGGCAAAAAUAUCGGCAUUCUUCAGCCCAAAGCAAGUCAAACGACCUCUUUCAAGUAUAGAAAAUUCACAGAGCCCAUCGCCAAAAAAAGCAAAAGCUGUGAAGGAUGGUAAAUCUACAGGGCUUAGCCCAGAGCAAAAACAUAGGAUGGAAGAGAAAAAGAAGGAUGCUAUGGAGAAACUCAAGAUGAAGAAGACUGAAAUAUCUCCUAUCAACUCUAUCAAGAAUGGACCUGAUGGCAUUGGUGCUUCCUGGGCAAAGGCUUUGUCUUCCGAGUUCUCCAAACCAUAUUUUAUCAAGUUGCAAGAGUUUGUAGCUGCUGAGCGUAGAAGCCAUACCAUCUACCCACCCUCACAUCAGGUUUUCUCAUGGACACAGGCUUGUGAUAUCAAAGAUGUUAAGGUGGUGAUCCUUGGUCAAGAUCCAUACCAUGGACCUGGUCAAGCACACGGUUUAUGCUUCAGUGUGCAAAAAGGAGUGAAGCCACCACCAAGUCUGGCAAACAUGUACAAGUGUCUGAUGAAGGACAUUGAUGGCUUUGAGCACCCAGGGCAUGGACACCUUAUUGGAUGGUCUAAACAAGGAGUGCUUCUCUUGAAUGCGGUCUUGACCGUAAGGGCCAACAACCCAAACUCACACAAAGACAAAGGCUGGGAGAAACUCACCACAGCGGUCAUCGCCUGGCUCAACUCAAACCUCAAUGGAGUCGUUUUCAUGCUGUGGGGAUCAUAUGCACAGAAGAAAGGAAGCAUCAUUAACUCCAAGCGCCAUCAUGUGCUGAAGGCCGUUCAUCCAUCUCCUCUCUCAGCUCAUCGAGGUUUCUUCGAUUGCGGGCACUUCUCAAGAACAAAUAAACUCCUGCAGAAAGCUGGCAAGGAACCCAUUGACUGGACAAGGCUCUCAGAUGAAAAUUGAA